AGAACAAUUCAUCCAGCGACCCAGCUGGAGGGAACGGGAGAGGGGAACUGGGAGAGAGAGAGGGAGAGAGAGAGAGGGAGAGAGAGGUCCUAUUCCGGGUCCUCCAAUCUCUCUCUCGUCGAACAUUCCUUGAUCCACCAUCGCCUUCUCUCUCGUAACGUCCGACCCCGAUCAGAAUCUCUCCACGUCGGGGAGAAUUCUCAACUGUCUGAAAUUAAGAGGGGUUCUUUUAUUUUUUUUUGAGAAGGAUUUGAUCUUACGUCGGAAGCCAGUGCUUGUGGACAAAGGGUUUUGAUCAUGGGUAGGAAAGAUUUGCAGCUUUUUGAUGAUAGGAAGGAUGGGUUCUUCUCUAUUAAUAACUUGGGCUAUCAGUGGAGUUCUGUCGAUCCUGAUAUGUGUCCUGUAGGUGGGUUAUUUGCCAGUGUAGGCCAAAUGGGGAUGAAUUUCGGUUUAUCGCCAAAUUCGCCUAAUAACUGUGAUGUCGGGGGUGUGAAUAGCAUAAAACUGACCUGCCCUGAUUUUAUGAUUAAGUACGUGUCGUCUCCAGAGGGUAUUCGGAUUGUCGGUGUCCCAGAGGAGGAAGAAACUGUGCGCAAUAAAAAGAGUGGGCUUAAAUUGAAACUAAAGGUGAAAAACCCUUCGUUGAGGAGGUUAAUUAGUGGGGCAGUGGCGGGGGCUGUUUCACGGACCACAGUAGCACCUUUGGAGACGAUAAGGACACAUCUGAUGGUAGGAAACAGUGGGCAUUCUACUACUGAGGUGUUCCAGAAUAUUGUGAAGACUGAUGGGUGGAAGGGAUUGUUUAGGGGUAAUUUGGUUAAUGUGAUUCGGGUUGCCCCUAGCAAGGCCAUAGAGCUAUUUGCAUAUGAUACAGUCAACAAGCAGCUGUCACCCAAACCUGGGGAGCAGCCGAAACUUCCAAUCCCUGCGUCAUUAGUUGCUGGGGCCUGUGCUGGUAUCAGUUCAACGUUAUGCACAUACCCUCUUGAGCUAGUCAAAACUCGUCUGACGAUACAGAGAGGGGUUUAUGAUGGUCUCUUUGAUGCGUUCGUGAAAAUAGUAAGAGAGGAGGGUCCAGCAGAGCUCUAUAGAGGCCUGGGGCCUAGCGUCAUUGGGGUCAUCCCUUAUGCUGCCACCAACUAUUUUGCCUAUGACACAUUGAGAAAAGCGUAUAGGAAGGUUUUCAAGCAAGAGAAGAUUGGAAAUAUCGAGACCCUCUUGAUUGGUUCCGCGGCAGGGGCUAUUUCGAGCAGUGCAACUUUCCCACUGGAGGUGGUGCGUAAGCACAUGCAGGUUGGGGCAUUGAGCGGGAGAAAGGUAUAUAGGGACGUGAUCCAUGCUUUCAUGAGUAUCCUUGAGCAGGAAGGAAUUGGAGGCUUAUAUAGAGGUUUGGGCCCGAGCUGCAUGAAGUUGGUGCCUGCUGCUGGGAUAUCAUUCAUGUGCUACGAAGCAUGUAAGAGGAUAUUGGUGGAGGAUGAUGAGGAUGCUUAGAAAUAGAUUUUGCGAGGAGCAUGGAGUUUUAGGUUUUCGGUUUUUUGGCAGAGAGGAGCUGGUUUUGAGCCAUCUCUUAGUUUACUAACCGCAGGCAUGUAUUUUUUGCGUCUACUUUCUUGGUUUGCAUCUUUUUCGCAUAAGGAGGUCGCCGUUGACGUGAUUGUCACGAUUUUUCAAGGUGAGUUAUGAUUUUCAGUCUCUUUCAUUGUA